GGAAAACCACAAGACAUAACCGAUAAGGAAGCUAUACACACUGCCACAAGGUAGCUCAGCUAGGCUCGUUCUGCUACAGCACGGCCGUGUUCCAUUGUUCCCAGCUGUCAGAAGGCCUCACAAAGCUCUGCAAAGGUCUGCAGAAGGUGCUACACGCUACGGACCAGAGCCACACGAUCCUCACUGUAUAGUCGAGCACAUAAUGGCUAACUGUCGAACCACUCUCAAGGGAGACUCACUAGCUGCUAGUGGUUCUACCGACAGUGACUGCCACAGUGAGCCACCAGCUGCCAGCAAGAAGCAAAGCAAAGAUGAGCCUCUGGAGAAUCAACUGGAGACAGAUAAACGGAAGAGCUUAGAGAAAGACAAGUCCACCAGCUCACAAGGCAAACUGGUUGAUGAUGCAGAGGACAACAAAGCCACUACAGGCAGCAAUGGUGGAUCAGAACCAGUCAAACAGUUUGAUUGCUCCUGUGGGCGUACCUUUGUGACGCAAAGGGGACUGUCCCUGCACCUCUCACACUACCCCGAUCACAGACCAGAUAAAAAGGACACCCCCACGAAACCCACCGCUGCUAAACCUACACCCACGAAACCCCCCACUAAACCCACGCCCACGAAACCCGUUGACCCCGCCCCCAUUGAGAAUGAGUCCACGUCGCCCCCACCAUCACCAGAGGAGGAGCCAUCGUCACCGUACAACUACUCGUCGUUUAAAACGUCUUCUCGUAACCCGCAGUACUAUUCGAUCAUUCGUACUCGUAGCAGCAGUGGGGUGGAGGGGGAGGGGGGCACCAAGAGACCCAGGGGGCCAACAACCGGAGGAGGAGGACCCCCCACGAAGACACUGAUACUAAACUCAGGAGAGAAAGUUCCAAUUGGUGGAGAUGUGUCUGAAGACUCAGAUAAGGACAAAGAAAGUCCUCUGGCCAGAAGACGCAGCUUGAAGGACACUGACAUAAAGAGAACAGGCAAGAAACAUACUCGAGCAAGAUCAGCAAAUUCUGAACAAAUAUCUCCGAAAGGAAGUCCUGAACCUGAGGUGGGGUCCAGCACGGGAGGGGGUCUGAAGAACAGUCCCGUCACACGCUCCAAUUCUGCAACCAUGAAAGCUCCUGCAUUUGUUUCACUGCCACCAUCCCGCAGGAAAGGGGCUCGUAGAAGUGGGCGUGGUCGAGGGAGUACUGCAAGUGGGCGGGGCUCCGAGGACACUGAGAUUGAAGACGAUGGCGAGAGUUUUGCCACGUCCCCUGUCACUAAACCUGAGGCCCCUAAAACGACUGAAGAGGAACCCCCUCCGCCCGUCAAGAGAAAGAGAGGACGUCCACCUAAAGUACGCAAGUCUGAUGAAUCACCAACUAAGAAGAAUCCUGAUACAACAAAGAAACAGAACAAACAAAAUGAUGAGAAAAUACCACUCUGGGAGAACUUAGAUACCGAGAAUGAUAUCAAUGCGACCACACCCACUGAUACCACACCAACUACUGAUAUAGCGGCAGAGGAGAAAGGCAACAGAAGUUUCAAGACUGUGGCUUUGCCCAAAAAGGGAGGUAACAAAGAGAGUGAAAAGGAACCUACCAAAAGACGCAAGAGUACACAAAAAGCUGCUGAGGAAGAGGUCCCUAUCGUUAACGAGGCUAACGAACCUGCCACCAAACGUACAAGGUCAAAGUCCAAGACAAAAGAUGCCAGCAAAACUGACUCACUGGACACUGCUAAUGAAGGCAACAAAGAGGAAGAGAAUGUUGGAAAACCAGUAGAGGAAACCACAACAACCACCAAGGCUGAAGAAGUGCCGCCAGUGGAGGAAGUAAAGAAUGAGAUAGAGAAGCCAGCAGAGCCGGAUGGUCGUCUUAUGGAGCCUCCCCCUCUCCCCCCAACCUCUUCUCCCACAGGCUACCUCCAUCCAUACCAUUAUCCAGGCCCAUACCCUCACCCCCCACCCAUCAUGUACCCUCCGGGACCCUCCUCGUAUCAUCCCUACUAUGGCUACCCUGGAGGCCCACCAUCCGGACCCUAUCACAUGCCCCCUCCGCCAGGAAUGGUCGUACCAGCCCACCCUGGACCACCUAUGGUACUUGGUCCCCCUCCAGGUGACCUCUCACCCCAUGGGGGAGUCCCCUACCCCCCACAGAGUGGCCCCACCCCCACCAGCGGCGUACAGGUAUCAGUGCUGGACAAGCCCCCCACUCAGCUGCCUACAGUGACAGUGCCGUUACCGACCAAUCGAGGCAGGCCUAUGUACAUGGAGGGUGGUCACCCGGGCAGUCCUAUCAGCCCCCAGGCUAUGAUGAGGCCGCCCUACAUGCCAGGAAUGGGCUCCCCUGAAGAGAUGCCACACCCCCUGAGCCACGCCUAUCGUCCCAUGCCUCCUAUGGCAGGUUACCAUCCGAUGCCACACCCCCAGGGACCAUACCAUCACGCCCACCCCCACCUAGCCGUGAGAUUGGAUCACACGGGAAUGCCAUAUAUGGAGUGGGCACCAGAGCACAAGCCUCAGCAUGCACAGCAUCCACAACCUACACACGAUGAGGCUAACUCUCGUCCUGUCGAGUGUCCAGAGUGUGGUCGCAUGUUCAAGAACAACAAAGCCCUCAAUGGUCACAUGAGAUUACACGGAGGAUUUGAUUGGACCAAAAAGUCGCCUCUCCAGCCGUACACCGCUCCUGAGUACAACGUGAAGCAUGCUCCUCUGAGUAUGGGAGGAAAACCCACCACCACCACUAACAACAAGGCAACUGAGGAGAAACCGAGCAACAAGAAGCCUAAAGCAUCGAGCAACAAUAAACGGUCUCGCUCCAACUCACGGUCUUGCUCCCCCACUCCUACGUCAGCUAAGAGCAGCAGCAAGGUCCGUCGAACCUCAGACGAGUCUAAGAAGAAAGGCGGAGGCAAUCUCACUCCACUACCUGUGCCAAGAGCUCCCAGUGUGUUCACAUUCGAUAAGGUUGAGCGAGAGGAGGGGGACACACCCUCAGGGGCAGGAGGACGUAACGGCACUCUGGAUGAUCUCUGUCGGGCCGCUGAGUUACUGGAUAGUAUGGAGGGGAAGGGUGGGGCCAGCAAGGGACCCCCCACAGAGGAGGGGGAGCUGGAUGAAAACGGACGUCAUCGACCCAAGAAUAUCACAAUACCUCAGACUCAGUCCACUCCUAUUAUCGAUCGAGACAAGCUACGACUUGGUAACACACCCCCUUACACGCCCCCUCCCAUCCUGAGCCCCUCACGUUCUCUGAGUAUGCUCUCUGGUAGUGCUGGACCAGCCCCCGGUACUCCGUGUCGUAUCAUGUCCCAUUGGAGCAGUCGACGUAGCAGCGAUGGUCAUCCUCUCUCCGAGUCAGAGGAGACCUACAAUGAGCCGAGGAUUAACGUGGGGAGGGACUUCCAGGCAGAUCUGCCACCCUGCAGUGAGUCUAACAGUACUGCGUUGGCUGGAGAUCCAAAAGCUGUCAAAGUAUGGCAGGUGAUUGAAGACCUCACUCCAGAGGAUGAGGCCACCAUCGAUGGCUACCUGGAGAUAGCCUGCUCUCCUGCUGUGCUACACUCUGGCAGGAACAAGGAGCUGGCUCUGCACCUCCUUUAUCAGCUGGGAGGAUCAGUCAAGGAGGCUGUUCGUUGCCUGCUGGCUGGUAAGACAGUGUUCCCGACGUCCCACUCAAUGGCCAACUAUAACUACUGUGGGUCAGGGCGAUGGUCAGCUCGGGAGAGGCAACAGUUCAGAAGAGCUUGGAGGGUCCACCGAAAACAAUUCCAUCUCCUCAAGAGCGCUGUUGAUAGUAAGAGUAUGCCGGAGAUGAUCGAGUAUUACUACACUUGGAAGAAGUACUGUAGUGAUGAAUAUCGUGGGAGGAGUCGACACUUCAGUGAGGAGAUAUUAUCGGACGAUGAGGUGGGAGAGUUACGGUCAUCCAGUUCCGAGGCGUCAGGUGACCACGAAACUCCGCCUUUUUCACAUAUAAUUAAGAAGAAUAUUAAACAAGAACCGUAUGAGGUCAAAGGUGGAAAAGGUCGUGUCCUGGAGCCAGAUUUUGAGCACCUACCUAUAGUGUACGCCCCACACACCUCCCAGCCACCGGGGCAAUCACAGCAUCAGUACAAGUGCAAGUACCCCGGCUGCAAUCAGAUAUUCACGUCUAUAUUUGCUCUCAACGGACACAUCAGGGUCCACGGUGGAAGUUUCUACCCUAAACCCUUUGCCCCUGGUAUGCCAAGUAGAGCCUCUGCAUUGCAUCAUGCCACCUUCAAUGCUGCGUACACACACCAACCUCAAGGAAGACCUUCUGGCAAGGUAACAGAACCACGCUCGCAGCAACAACUAGAGUUGGCCAAGGCUUUGUUAGAGCUCCCUCGGCCUCGUAGCCCCGCUAAGGGGAUGAGCUACCACACCCCCUCUCCAAAGCCCUCCCCUAAGAGCCGCUCUCCAGGCGUUAGGAAGAAGCUGUCGAGUGCCAGUCCCGGGGAGAGGGACGGUUUCUAUCCUUGCAAUCGCUGCGGAAGGGUGUUCACUAAAGUGAAGAGUCGCAGUGCUCACAUGAAGUCGCACAUUGUCAAGCAAAACUGACUCUACUAGGAUCAACUAUAGCACACACACACACACACUCAUUCACUUAUCAAGGUCGUGCAAUAUCAUGUAUUAAUACGUACGUCACGGUGUCAGAGAUCAUUCACUGAAGCCUCUGACAGAGUUCUUAUCUUACGUUGUUAGAAUGUUGUUUGUAUACAAACACUCUCAAACACUCUCUAUGUUAAUGUUGUGUUUUGUAUAUUGCUGUUACGCUGUUGUACAUACGUCUAUUAUAGUCUUAUCAUAUUACUGAUUAUUAUAAAUGGUCAAUCAA